UGUCAACGUUUCGAGUACAUGUUGACCGUGCGUAUUUCAAUAGAAAUUUAUCCAACAACAAUAAGAGAUGUCGGAGCCAAUAAGAGUUUUGUUGACAGGUGCAGCUGGGCAAAUAGGAUACUCACUCGCCGGGAUGGUUGCUCGUGGUGAUAUGUUCGGACCUGAUCAAGAAGUUAUCUUACAUCUGUUCGAUCUUGAACAAAUGGUAGAGUCCCUUAAAGGACUUGAAAUGGAACUUCAGGAUUGUGGAUUUCGACUUUUAAAGAGUGUGGUUGUGACACAUAAACCAGAAGUAGCAUUCAAUCAAAUUGAUGCUGCACUUAUGGUUGGGGCUAUGCCUAGGAGAGAAGGGAUGGAGCGUAAAGAUUUGCUUAAUGCUAAUGUGAAAAUUUUCAAGGAGCAAGGGCAGGCUCUGGACAAGUAUGCCAAAAAGACUGUCAAAGUGGUUGUUGUGGGUAAUCCUGCUAACACAAAUGCACUCGCACUGAUGAAGAACGCUCCUUCCAUUCCUAAAGAAAACUUUAGUGCGCUCACAAGACUUGACCACAAUCGUGCUCAGUCAUUUAUAGCCAAACGUUUGGGAGUUUCAUGCGAUUCUGUAAAAAAUUGUAUUAUAUGGGGCAACCACAGCAAUACGCAGUUUGUCGAUGUGAGUCAUGCUGUUGUAAAGCAAGAUGGGAAGGAGAUUCCUGUCGCUACCGCAAUUAAUGAUGAUAACUGGAUAAAAAACGAGUUCCUAAGCGCUAUUCAGAAGCGCGGGGCUGCUGUUAUAGCAGCCAGGAAACUAAGUAGUGCACUGUCUGCUGCUAAGUCUGUCUCAGACCAUAUGCACGACUGGUGGCUUGGAACGAAGGAGGGCGAGUGGGUAUCGAUGUCUGUAAUCAGUGAUGGUUCUUAUGAUGCUCCAAAAGAUGUUAUAUUUAGUUUUCCUGUCCAAAUCAAGAAUGGCAAAUGGACCAUCGUCCAGGGUCUAAAACUUGAUGAGUGGGCUAAAGGCAAGUUCGCCAUAACAGCAGAAGAGCUCAAGGAGGAACGCAUUGCGGCAGGGCUUGAUUAAUGACUUCCUGACUGUUGUUACUGCCAGUAUUCUCACCAUUGUAGUAGCUACUUUUUGUAGUUCUUGUUAUUGAUCUUACAUUUGCUAAAAUUAUGAUAAUUUUUUGCAUUU